AUGGCUUCCUGCCUGGCACAGCCACUGCCUCAACGACAAAUGCAAGUUGAUGCGUCUCCUCCCUUUCUCUGCAGCGCUUUUCUUUUUAGAAACACUCGCAGGGUAAUAAAUGCAGGGAAGAGCACGCACAAUGAAGAUCAAGCCAGCUGUGAAGUCCUGUUUGUCAAGAAGAAAGCUGGAGGCACUAAUUCUACACCAAACAAGAACUUUUCAACAAAGCGGAGGUCAUCACUGCCCAAUGGAGAAGGUCUCCAGCUGAAAGACAGUUCGGACACAGAUGGUAUCAACCUGUACUACUGGUCCCUGUUUGAUGGGCACGCCGGGUCGGGGGCAGCUGUGGUCGCUUCCAAACUGCUGCAGCAUCAUAUCCUGGAGCAGCUGCAAGAGAUUGUGGACAUCCUGAGGAACACAGCCGUCCUCCCACCCACCUGCCUGGGAGAGGAGCCUGACAACCCGGGCACCAACAGCAGGACACUGACACGGGCGGCCUCCCUGCGUGGUGGUGUGGGGGCCCCGGGCUCACCCAGCACCCCUCCAACACGUUUCUUCACCGAGAAGAAGAUCCCACAUGAGUGCCUGGUUAUUGGGGCCAUAGAAAGUGCAUUCAAGGAAAUGGAUUUGCAAAUAGAACGAGAGAGGACCGUGUAUAAUAUUUCUGGUGGCUGCACAGCCCUUGUCGUGGUGUAUUUAUUGGGGAAGCUUUACGUGGCCAACGCUGGUGAUAGCAGGGCUAUAAUAAUCCGAAACGGUGAAGUCAUUCCAAUGUCUUCAGAAUUCACUCCAGAGACCGAACGCCAGCGACUUCAGUAUCUGGCUUACAUGCAGCCCCACUUGCUGGGAAAUGAGUUCACACAUUUAGAGUUUCCACGGAGGGUGCAGCGCAAGGAAGUUGGAAAGAGGAUGCUCUACCGUGACUUCAACAUGACUGGCUGGGCAUACAAAACCAUUGAGGAAGAUGACUUGAAGUUUCCCCUUAUAUACGGAGAAGGCAAGAAGGCUCGGGUUAUGGCAACAAUUGGAGUGACCCGAGGACUGGGAGACCAUGACCUGAAAGUGCAUGACUCCAAUAUAUACAUCAAACCUUUCCUGUCCUCAUCUCCUGAGGUGAGAGUCUAUGACCUCCUGCAGUAUGAGCAUGGGCCAGAUGAUGUUCUCAUUCUAGCUACUGAUGGACUCUGGGAUGUGCUGUUAAAUGAAGAAGUGGCAGAAGCUGUCACUAACUUUCUACCAAACUGUGACCCUGAUGAUCCCCACAGGUACACGCUGGCGGCGCAGGACCUGGUGAUGCGAGCCAGGGGCGUGCUGAAGGACCGGGGCUGGCGAAUAUCCAACGACAGGCUGGGCUCUGGAGACGACAUCUCUGUCUACGUCAUCCCUUUAAUACACGGGAACAAACGGUCGUGA